AUGGUAACGAUUGGAGAAGAUGCCGACAAAUUCGCAUUUCUCUCCAAGUGCCUUGAGCAUUGCGCGGCAGCAAGAAAUUCAAUCGAAGCGCUCGAAAGCUCUGGCACUAGCUUCGCCGAUGCGUGGGCGAAAUUAGAGACGCGCUUUUACAAAAAGCGAAUUGCGUACGAAGGAUACUUCGUAAAACUGAUCAAAUUUAAAAAAAUAAAUGUGCCAUGCGCUAAGUCCAUCAUGAGCCUCGUCGAUGCCGUGGACACUACAGUUCACGCUGCAAAGCAGAUACAAAAGGAUAAAACAGCUACACUGGACUGUGUUGCGAAUGGAAUGCUAGUAAGUCUAGCAAAAUCCCGUCUGGAUUCGGAAACCGCAUCCAGGCUGGAGGAGAGAUUAGACAUACAUCGUGUCUACACUUGGACAGAAUUCAAGGAAGAGUUGGAGAAGCGAGCCAACCAAUUAGCGUGCCGAACCGAUAUCGACGAAUCGAAAUCGCGCAACACCAAGACGGUAGCAGCAGCUGCCAUCACCCAACCCCAGCGUAGGGAAAUCAAAACGCAACCGCAAUCCUGUUUCGCGUGCAAUGAGAAAGGGCACGCGAUCUGGCACUGCACCGAAUUCAAAGCGCUGCCUGUACCGCAAAGAUGGGAUAGGACCAAAAGAGCCGCCGAGAUCAACAUUAAAGGGGCGUCCGACUGGUAUCGAGUUAGGUGCCUAUUGGACUCCGGUAGUCAGGUGGAGUCUAUCACGGAAGCAGCCGCGCAGACUCUAGGACUACCGUACGCACGGAGCGACGUGCAACUUGUUGGCAUUGGCGGAAGGGUCAAUGCUUCCAGAAAGAUUACAACCGUAAUCUCCUCCAGAUGCGGAAGCUUCGCUAUGGAGGUAAGUUUAGUUUUGGUUCCGCACCUUUUAGACGACCAGCCCAGCAUUCGGCUGGAAGCGAAGGAUGUGAGUAUUCCGUCAAACAUUGAGUUAGCGGACCCCACAUUCUACAAGAGAAGAGGCAUCGAGAUUAUACUCGGUGCCCGAGUACUAUUCCAGAUUCUGAGCCCCAGACAAAUCCAAUGUACAAAUGGCCCGAAUCUUCAGGAGUCAGCCUUAGGCUGGCUUGUUGGCGGACUAGUUUCGCUACGGUCAACCCGGAAAGCAGUAAUGACUGUUGCCACCGUUAGUACAAAUGAGAUCCAAGAAGAAGAGGACCCCGAUGGGAAAUUGGAUACUCUCUUCAAGAGGUUUUGGGCCUUGGAGGAGGUAACUUCUGCGGAAGCGAAGUCCACCUCUGACCAGGUAAACCUAUGCGAGGAGCACUUCCUCCAGCACACCAAGAUAGGGGCAGAUGGCAAAUAUAUUGUGCGCCUCCCUUUCAACGACAAGCCCAUUCAACUGGGUGAUUCCUACGAGCAAGCAAGAAGACGCUUGUUCUCGCUAGAAAGGAAACUCACGCGAACUCCGGAAGUAUACGAGCAAUACAGAGAGUUCCUGAAAGAGUUUCUGACAUUAAAUCAUAUGGAAGUUGUAGAACCAAAGGAUUAUCAAAAAAUCCGCUACUAUACCCAUCCCGGCAAGCCACUUAGAACAGCAAAACUUAGUUAUGCGCUGGAAGCGCAUUCAACGCCAAACCGCACAAUUCUGGCGUAG